CUAAAAAGCGCAAACUCAAAUCUUCUAAUAAUAAAACUAUAAAAUCUAUUUCCUCAAGUAUUGAAAACAUGCCAUCCUUUUAUUUAGAUAUCAAUAAUGAAUCGUCCCUUCAUUUAAAUGCCGAACAUACAUCAUCCCCUCCUUGGAUUAUAGAAAAUACAGAAAGUACACCAUCUCCUCCCUGGACUAUAGAAAAUAUAUCAUCCCUUUCUUUAAAAAUCAAAAAUAUAACAUACUAUCUCUUAGACGAUGAAAUAUCUUCUGACAUUGACGAUAGUGAAAGCGAUAGGAAUGAAUUUAUUUAUGAUAUGCAUAAUCUCAAAGAGGCUGUAUUCUCUAAAUUUAGGAAUGAAGAAAUAGAUGAUCUA